UAGAUGUCUUGAGUGGGUUAUUGCCAGCACAAUAAAAAACGAAAAAACGACUACAUCAACCUGAAAGCAUGCAGGUUCAUUGUUUACACCAACUUUAAUACGCUUUAAAAAGUGAUGACUUUGUCUGAGCUUCAUUAAAGUGGAGCUGUUGUUCACAGCAUCGCACGUCUGUAGAAAUCGCUGAAUUUGAGGCGUGGCUAGCCUACUUUGCGUAAUGACAUUUUUUUCGUUACUUGAAAAACCAUGUGACGUAGUGAAUCUCCACAAUAAUACUAUGCACAACAGCCACGCAACAGAUGCUUGGCUUGAAGGGACCGGGCGCACAAGUAAAGGACUGGCAAAUAAUGCACUGUUUCAAGAGGGAUGGCUGUUUACGCAAACCAUACUUUUGGAAUGUUCUUGGAUUAUUGCAAAAAUACUUUAUUUCUCUUUUGGACCCACUAGAACAGUGUCGCUCAUGACACUUAUUUUCGAAGACCGACCUAAUGUUCUGACAUAUUUGCGGAGAUGAAUUCGUACUACAUAGUAUUUGAGAUAUUAAUAGCAAUCUUGUCCAUAUCUGGCAAUGUAUUGGUUUGCUGGUCUGUCGCCAUCAACACCACUCUGAAAACAGCAACUAACUACUUUUUGGUGUCUUUGGCUGUGGCAGAUAUUUUGGUGGGUUGCCUUGCCAUCCCCUUUGCCAUAACCAUAAGCAUCGGUAUCCUUUUGGACUUCUAUGGAUGUCUUUUUCUUGCCUGUUUUGUUUUGGUACUGACUCAAAGCUCAAUUUUCAGCCUCCUUGCAGUUGCAAUUGAUAGAUAUUUGGCCAUCAAUAUACCCCUCAGGUACAAGGAGCUGGUGACAGGCACGAGGGCCAGAAGAAUCAUUGCUAUUUUAUGGAUCCUGUCCUUUGUCAUCGGCCUCAUCCCGUUCCUGGGUUGGAACCUGAAGGUUUCUUCCUGCCGUCAGAAUGUCUCCAGCAGCCUGACAAAUGGCAGCUCUGUGGGGGAAACCAGUGCCACUAUCGCCCCUCGGGUGGACGAUCUGAGCAGCAUCAAGCUCACCUGCCAGUUUGAGAAUGUGGUGGACAUGCACUACAUGGUCUAUUUCAACUUCUUUGGCUGCGUCCUGCCUCCUCUGCUUAUCAUGCUGGGCAUCUAUGUGAAGAUCUUCACUGUGGCCCGCAAGCAGAUGCACCAAAUUGAGCUCAAGUGCUCGGUGAGCAGCAAUAGGGGCAGCCACCAUCACGGGCUGCUUCAGCGCGAGAUCCGUGCCGCCAAGUCUCUGUCCAUCAUUGUGGGGCUGUUUGCCCUCUGCUGGCUGCCCGUGCACAUCCUCAACUGCCUGACCCUGUUCUACAAGGACCUAUACAAGCCGGCCCCAGUCAUGUACAUAGCCAUCAUGCUGUCGCACGCCAACUCCGCUGUCAAUCCCAUUAUCUACGCCUACCGCAUCCAGGACUUCAGGAACACCUUCCGCAAGAUCCUGACGCGUCAAGUCCUGUGUCAGAGGGAGGAGCUCUACCUCCACUCCUCCAAUGGAAGCAGGCGGAACAGAGACCAGAUCCACAUGACCAUUGACCCAUUACUCUGAGGGGUGGGUUGCAGGGGGCAUGAGCCUUUAUUGUAAGGGCAAGCAACAGGGGCAUGAGGCUACUAGUCCUGCCUACAUGUCCUGCCGACCAUUGACCCUUUACUUCAUAGGUGGGGCCACAGGCCAGCCGUGUAGCUCAAAACACUACCUGUGUUCAUGUUUUUGUUGUAUUUAAUUUUUGAAUGACAUUUUAAGUGAGAUUAGAAAUGUUUACAGAACAAAGCAUGGUGGUAUAAUGAUAUACAGUGCCUUGCAAAAGUAUUCAUCCCCCUUUGUGUUUUUCCUAUUUUGUUGCAUUAAUUUAAAUUGAUUUUUAUUUGGAUUUCAUGUAAUGAAAAGUCAUGCAUGCAUAUGU